AUGCUGCUGGCGCCGACUAAACCCUCCCUAGCUGGCUGGGAUCCCAACGCCCCAACCCCUACCUUCCCCGAGACUCUUGAUGCCCAGAUCGACCAAACUUUCUACAACAUCGACCUUGCCAUGAGAGCAGCAGGUGGCAAGGGUAUCUCGCAGGUGUUCAGCAUCCGGUCCUACCACCCUCAGAUUAAAGCGACGCCAGAUGCCAUGGAUCUAAUGAAGAAAAGCUUUGAAAAGUGGUUUCCAAACCAUCGCCCCAUCUGGACGGCUGUGGGUGUAGAAAGUCUAGCGCUACCUAAGAUGAAGAUUGAGAUUGAAGCAGUUGCCUAUGAUCCUCAGAAUGGCGGUAUGGGUGUAUGA